AGGAGGUGGAGGAGGAGGAGGAGAGGGAGGAGGAGGAGGCGGCGGGGCAGAUGGAGGAGGAGGAGGAGGAGGGGGAGCAGCAGGAGGAGGAGAAGGAGGUGCGCCGCGGGCACCCUCGCGGUCGUGCGCUGUUUCUCCCCGCGGUGUCCUGUCUGGGGAGGGCCGGCGGGCGCCGCCCUGGGGUGCCCCAGGGGCCCCGCCCCGCGGCAGAGCCGCCUGGAGCGGGGUGCCCGAGGCCUCCCAACUGGGAGGCCUGGAGAGGGCCAGGGAGGACCCGGGCAGGCCCGGCAGCCUCGCGCCGCGAAAAAAAAAAAACUCACGGCGGAAGGUCUGCCGCAAUGUGUCUGGCCCUGCGGCUGCUGCAGGGGCGCCCGCCCCGCCCGCGCCGAGGCAGCAAAAAGUUGCUUUUUGGGGUGGAGGAGGGGGGCCGCGGCCCCCGAGCGGCCCCCGGGGGGCCCCGGCGAGCAUCGCCUCUCCUCUGGCCGGGGAGCUCGGCCACUGUCGCUGGGGGGGACCGCCCAAGGCCGCGCGGACGGCGUGCGCUGGUCAGCGGUGCAGUUGGGCCGAACUCACGCAAAACAGCAUGCAGGAAACCACGAGAUUGCACGACAGAGACUGCCAGCAAAGCACCGGUUGGGGCCCCCGCUGGCGAACACUGCGUCGUCUGGCGUAUGCUUGUGCGGCGCCCUGCUCGUCGCUGGCGGCGCGCGCAACGCUGCCAGGGCCGCGGGCAGCGCCGGGCGGGCCCGGAACGGGGGGGGCGGGCCCGGCCGCGCGGGCGCGCUGCGGUGCCUCGGCUGGCGUUCGCAGCUCGCUGGGCGGAUGCACAGAAAAGCACCCCCUCUGCCCAGACGGCCGGCGGCCCGGACGAGACAUCGGGUCGGGGGCUGCCUCUCGCCGACCGACGGCGUGGUGGGGGCCUCGGCGGCGGCAACGCUGGCCCUACAGCGUGCUAACAAGCAGCCCCCCUGACCUGCAGGCCAAGCAGGGCUGCCCAGAGAACCCUGACCGGAGAGGGGAUUCAGGGGACCGGGAGGGAGCCGCGCAGACGGCGCGAGCGGCACGAGAGCUCUCCCGGGCAGAGCGGGGAGACCCAGCAAAGCAAAGGCAGGCCUCCCCGGUCGGGUCAAGACUCGGAAGCCAGCCCGCUGGCAAGGGCUCUGGGCCGAGCUGGUCUGGAGACAGGCUGGAAAGCCUCUGUGGGCCCCAGCAUUGACGCAGCUGCAUUAAGAUAU